GCUCUGCUGAAAGAAGAUAAAGUUCAUCACUUCAAGAAAACAUCUGGCAGCUCGCUGACCCUCGGAUGUUCAUUCAGUUUCUCUGGAAGAAGACAAUUUUUCUGCGGAGGAAGAUGUGAUGAUGAGAUUCUUCUUCAGACAGACAGAGUCAGAGCUGAAAAUGGUCGAUACAGGAUUGACUAUAAGGUCACAAAUGGAGGAAGUUUUGUGUUUGUGACCAUCAAUCAGCUGAUCACGUCUGACUCUGGACCAUACAGAUGUGCUCUGGAUUCAACCAAUCAGAGAGGUUCAUACAGAGACUUUACUGUUUCUGUCACAGAUG